CCUUAAAACAUAGUCGAGUUUCCAGUCUCUUGGUGCCAGUUGCUGUGUCGUUCUGCUCUCUCACUCAACUCAUUGCUGGCCGCCCGUGUUCAGAGAGAAUGGCCGGGAAGUGCGGACAGUGUGGCCCUGGAUUCAGCAGCCCCCUCAACGCCAUGAAGGGGCCACGGGAAGAAAUUGUCUACUUGCCCUGUAUCUACAGGAACACGGCGGUCAACAAACCGGACUACCUUGCCACGGUGGACGUGGAUCCCAAGUCCCCCACGUACUCCCAGGUCAUCCAUCGCUUGCCGAUGCCGAACCUAAAUGACGAGCUGCACCACUCCGGCUGGAACGCCUGCAGCAGUUGCUAUGGGAACCCUUCCAAGAAGCGUGACCGCUUGAUCCUGCCAGCUCUCAUCUCGUCCCGGAUUUACGUGGCGGACGUGGGAACGGAACCCCGAGCACCCAGGUUGCAUAAGACUGUGGAGCCAACGGAUGUGUUCUGGAAGUGCAACUUGGCAAACCCGCACACGUCUCACUGCCUGGCCAGUGGGGAGGUGAUGAUAAGUACAAUUGGUGACCCGUCUGGGAACGCCAAAGGUGGCUUUGUGUUACUGGACGGAGAGACGUUUGAGGUGAAGGGGAACUGGGAACGCGAGGGUGACGCGGCUCCCUUCGGGUAUGACUUCUGGUACCAGCCACGGCACAAUGUCAUGAUCAGCUCAGAAUGGGGCACACCCAAAGCCCUUGCCUACGGAUUUAAAUUGGAAGAUGUUGAAGCCGGACACUACGGGCACAGCCUUCACGUUUGGGACUGGAACAAGCACACGCGCAUACAGACCAUUGAUCUCGGCAAGGACGGGUCCAUUCCCCUGGAAAUCCGCUUCCUCCACGAGCCCAGUGCCGCAGAGGGGCUGGUCGGCUGUGCUCUGAGCAGUUGUGUCUUCCGCUUUUACAAGACAGAGAAAGGAGACUGGGCUGCUGAGAAAGUCAUCACCGUUCCUGGGAAGAAAGUUGAAGGCUGGAUGUUGCCAGAAAUGCCAGGUCUCAUCACCGAUAUCCUCCUCUCCCUUGACGACCGCUUCCUGUACUUCAGUAACUGGCUGCAUGGUGACAUCCGUCAGUACGACAUCACGGACACCAGAAACCCCAGGCUGGUCGGGCAGGUGUUUAUCGGAGGAUGCGUCUUGAAGGACGGACCAGUAAAGGUUCUGGAAGACAAGGAAUUGAAGACUCAGCCUGAGCCACGAGUCGUUAAGGGAACAAGGAUUCGCGGUGGACCUCAAAUGAUUCAGCUGAGCUUGGACGGAAAACGUCUGUAUGUCACCACGUCUCUUUACAGUGGGUGGGACAAACAAUUCUACCCCGAAGUUGUCAAGGGAGGAUCGAUGAUGCUGCAGGUUGACGUGGACACAGUAAAGGGUGGCCUUUCGAUCAACGAGAGCUUCCUGGUGGACUUCGGGAAGGAACCCGACGGGCCGGUUCUUGCCCAUGAAAUCCGAUACCCUGGAGGGGACUGCAGCUCCGAUAUCUGGCUGUAGAUGAACUUUGAGUGAUAUUGAAGGGGGGGGGGAAGAAAAGAUCCUGGGGUGGGGGAGGUAGAGAAUCAUUAAGGGUCUUAGAAGGCUCCUCCGAUACUGUUCUCUGAUUUAAUAUCGCCUGAUAACUAAUCAACUGAAGCAGUUGCUUUGAUGCAAAGGCUAAAUUUUCUUAUCUUCUAAACGUAAGUUCAAAGUUAAAAGCAAAACUUAUUAUCAGAGUGCAUAUGCGUCACUACAUACAACCCGGAGAUUCCUUUUCCUGCAGGCAUACACAGCAAAUCUAUACAACAGUAACUGUAAACGGGAUCAAUGCACAACAAACUGUGCAAAUGCAAAUAUAAAUAAAUAAUGAGCAUGAAAUAACAAAAUAAA